CGCUGAGUGUUCUUAACGCAGCGGCUGGCCCUGGGGGGGGUGGGGGGGUCUUGUGAACGGGCGGGAGUCUCGGAGACCAGGAGGACCCGGCGGCGGAGGAGAUGCUGCUCUUCGUGGAGCAGGUAACAUCUAAAGGUGCUGGUUUAAAUCCUAAUGCCAAAGUGUGGCAGGAAGUUCCCCAAGGAAGCGCUGAUGCUCCUUCAUCUACUCAUGGAACUGAGAGUUCUUGGCAAGAAACAGCAGCUACUGCAGGGCCUAAUCCUGAUGGUACCUUGGAGAUUGCAGAUGACAACUGUAAAGAAUAUGAUGUAAUGUAUUCCUCUUGUGAAGCUUCACAGAGUAACACAGGUGUUGAAGAAUUACCUACAGAUGGAAUGGUUUUGUCACCAGAGGAUUUGAAUUACCAAAUUUAUGAUAUAUCUGGUGAAGGCAGUUGUGCAGUUUCUGUUGAAGAUUUAAAGGAAUGUCUAAAGAAACAGUUAGAAUUCUGUUUUUCAAGAGAGAAUCUUUCUAAGGAUCUCUAUUUGAUGUCUCAAAUGGACAGUGACCAGUUUAUCCCAAUUUGGACAGUUGCCAAUAUGGAAGAAAUAAAAAAGUUGACCACAGACCUGGAUCUUAUUCUUGAAGUGUUGAGAUCCUCUCCUAUGGUUCAAGUUGAUGAGAAGGGAGAGAAAGUGAGACCAAAUCAUAAACGAUGCAUCGUCAUCCUUCGAGAAAUCCCUGAAACUACACCAAUAGAGGAAGUGAAGGCACUCUUCAAAAAUGAAAACUGUCCCAAAGUGAUAAGCUGUGAGUUUGCUCACAAUAGCAGCUGGUACAUUACAUUCCAGUCUGAUACAGAUGCACAACAGGCUUUUAAAUAUUUGAGGGAAGAAGUUAAAACUUUUCAGGGCAAGCCAAUCAUGGCAAGGAUAAAAGCCAUCAAUACAUUUUUUGCUAAGAAUGGUUACCGCAUUAUGGAUUCUACUGUAUAUACUCAACCAGUUCAGACUCAAGCACAGUUUGCCUCUCCACUCUUUAUGCAGCCUGUAUAUAGCCCUCAUCAGCAGUACUCAAUCUACAGUAUUGUGCCUCAGCCCUGGUCUCCAAACCCUGCACCUUACUUUGAAACACCACUGGCCCCCUUUCCCAAUGGUGGAUUUGUGAAUGGCUUUAAUUCACCAGGAUCUUAUAAAACAAAUGCUGCUGCUUUGAGUAUAGGUCGACCAUUCCAUAGAAAUCGCAUGAAGCCUCAUUUUAGGUCAUCUAGUAGUUCAGAACACUCAGUGGAAGGAUCAACUGUAGUUGGAUCAGUGUCGUUAGGUGAUGGACCAUUGAACAGAACUAGCUCAAGGAACUUACAGACUGAACGGCCUAACCACACACUAUCUGGGAACCAAGAACAAGUAUCUCCAAAGGAGUCUCCCACAUCACAGAUGGAGCAGAAUGGUGACUAUGGUGUUGGUAGAGGCAGGAGAAACCUUUCCAGAGGCCGGAGACGUAGAGAUGAUGAACGAAUUUCACGACCCCAUCCUAUAGCUGAAACAAAGACUCCUACACCAAAGUUUGACUUGUUAGCAUCAAAUUUUCCUCCUUUGCCUGGUAGCUCAUCAAGAACACAAGGCGAACCUGCGCUGGAGAGUAGAAUGUCAGAUGUUGUUAAGGGAAUCUCCAAAGAAAAGGAGAACAAAGAGUUACCAACCAGUUGCCCAGCCUCUGCUGAGGACAGACAGACAGACAGCAAUACCCAGCUGCCAAGCUUGAGUGCAAGUUCUCCAAAAACAAAUGAGAUUCCUGUGUUAAGCACACCUCAGCAGGAGAAAAAUCUUGUGGAGGUUUGCCCUGCCCAGAAGGAUGUUUCCGACCAGACAGCUCCACUUUUACCAUCGUGUUCUCCUAAUGGUGCAAAACCACCGAGGAUAAACACUGCUUCACCUUGUAGUAAUGUAAAUGUAGCCACAGCUGUUGUUGUACAGGAGCCCCGAAAGUUAAGUUAUGCGGAAGUUUGCCAGAAGCCCCCUAAGGAGCCUCCUUCAGUCUCUGUGCAGCCACUAAGAGAGCUUCGUUCCAAUGUCGUGUCCCCUGCCAAGAAUGAAGAGAAUGGUGUUCCUGAGAAGUCACAUGAAAAGCCAGAAGGAAGGGCUAGUAAGGAGUACACUGGCUUCCGUGGCAAUACUGCUCCCAGAGGUGCAGCUGGAAAAAUCAGGGAACAGAGACGCCAAUUUGGCCACAGGUCUUCACCUCAGGGAGUGACUCGGCGUAAUGGCAAAGAGCAGUAUGUGCCACCCAGAUCACCAAAGUAAAAAAACAAAAAACAAAAACAAAAAAACCCCACAAAAACACAAAAAAAAACUGUUAAAAACUCCUAUCUCUUUCAGUUAAACUUGAACUGUGGAUUAAUGAGCUUUGUUGGAGGGGAAAGGGGGUAUAGCCAGGAAGGAGAGAGGAGAAAAAGUAUGGCCUGAAGCAUUGUGGAUCUUUGGAGUUUGUGAAAAGUGGAAUCCCAGAAUUCAUCUCUAAAGUGAUUUUAAAAUGCUGGAGGAUUCCAAUCAGUAUAAAUAUAUAUAUAUAAAUAUUAUAAUUUUUUGUAUUUUUGUUUGUCUUUAAUUUGCAAGGUUUCCUGCCUGAAAUUAAUUUUGGGGGUUGAAAAUUAGCUGGAAAAAUGCAUAUUUACAUGUCCUUCAGUAUAGGAGGUGAGGAAGUGAGAGAAAAAUAUUUUUUGACAAAGCAUUUCUGUAAAAUUAGAAAUUACUUUUUUUAAUCUAUUUAAAGUUAGGCUUGUAGAAUGCUGUCUUUGCCUAUAUGGCCUUGUGUUGCAAAUCAGAUCAUUGGCUGGUGUGCUUGGUUUGUGUGUGUUUGCGUGUAUGUGCCAGAAUGACAGAUUACAGCCAAUUCUGUUAUGUCAUAACUUAGUAACUGAUUUAAAAACUGAAUGUACUACUUAAGUAGAAUUUUUUUCCAGCUUGAAAUUUAGUCUGUCUUUUGACCUUACUAAUAUUUCAUUCAAUAAGCUUUUUAACUGAAUUUACUGGAGAUCUGAUUGUAGGUCAGAAUAAGUUUGAAGCUCAAGGAAAUGGGAAAAAAAAAAGCAAAUAUAAAACUUGGUCUUAGACGACCUAUGCUUUCAGGUCUGGUAGACUGUAGGGGUUAAUUAAAACUGCCCUGCUUUCUUUUCCCCAAUAAGGGGAACAUAACAUCUUUUCGUUUUUGUUGCUUCAGUGUUCUCUGUGCAUCCUCUCCCCAACCUAUGAUAGACCUGUGUGUACUUUUCAUUGCAUUAGACAGGUCUAGUAAGAACUUACUAUAGGUGUGUUCUAAACAUGGCUUCUGAAAUAAGUGUUGUUCAUUAUUUUGCUUAUGUUCAAGUAUUCAAAUACUUAGGAUCCAGGUUGGAAGGGCGGGCUGCGCCUACAGUAAUUUGUGUUAGUGCUAAAGAUAAGACUUUGUAACUAAUUCUUUAAAGUGUUAAGUACUGUAGAAGUCAAAUUUUUAUAAUCUGGGGGGAAUUUUUCUGUUUACAGUGCAUAUAAUGCCUGCGUCUUUUUUUUUUCCCAAAAAAAUUUUUUUUAAUUAACUCUAACAUACACCAGAAAGAAAAUUUUGUUUUUGAGGAAAGGCUGAGGAAAAAAGGUAGUUAAAAAAAAAACCUGUGUAGGUUCUCAUUUUCUACAUUUGCAGCUCUGUUGUACAUUGGACAGAUGAGUUUAUGUGCUAGUAAUUACAGGAAAUGACUGAAAUAUAAAAAGAAAAAAAAACCAUGUUGCAUUAAUCUGCUAAGUCAGACCCCAAGUUCAAAGUUCUGUAUAAAAGGUUUUUUUUCGUUUUAGGAAUAGUUUUCAAAAGUAAGAAUUGUACCUUUUUCAGUGAAUUGCAAAUGUACAAAUUGAAAUUGUAAAUUGUAAACACUGGAAAGCACUGUUGUGACAUAUACAGUAAACAUCUUAGUAAUAUAUACUAGUGAUGACAUUAGAAUGAAUGUAAGUGGAGGUUAAAUUACAUUACUGUGAAACUUUUCAUUUUUCAACUUUAGCCGGUUAAUCUUUAGAAAUUCUUAUUUAGUAGGUAACUGUUAACAAAUCACUUUAAAAACUGCACAUCUUUUUUUUUCUUUUUUUCCCUACAUAUAUAUGUAUAUGUAUAUGCCAGAGUUGUCAUUUCUUUGUAACUUAUUCCGCUUGGCAGUUGCUUUUGAUUUAACGGCUUGAUAAUUCUGUAUAAUAUAUUUAUGCAGUUUAAAACUGUUCAUUUCUACAUAUAAUUUUUAAAAAUCAUUAUUCACUAAAACAUACAAUAAAACUACCUGUGCUGAGUUUAGGGGAAGUUUUAGGUUCUUUUUAAAAGAGAAAAACUUAAUGAUAAUCACUGAUCACAUCUAUGGUUAAAAUGCUUAAUCAGUUUACUUAGAUAAUGCUGCAUUUGGUGGAAAUGGCAAAGAAAUGGCAAACAUUUAAAAGUGUUAACACUGUGAACUGCAUUGAGUUUCAGAGAAUAAACAUUUUAUAAAAAUCAUUUGAUAUAGAUUAUAAACUUAAUUAUUGCACUCAAACUGAAAAAUAACUUUUACAAUGUAUUCACAGAUUUAGGCUUGCCAGUAUGCUGUGUAUGGAUUAAGUAAAAACAUGUAUUAGUGCUUAUAAAGCCACCUAAUUUCUAAACAUUUCAGAUGUCCUAAUUCUAAUGGCAAAUGGAAGGAACUUGUUUUGAGGAAUGCAAGUUGGUGAGGCAAAUGUGUUGAGUUUUUUAUUUUGUACAAUUCUAACUAGCAGAAGGAUUGGAUGUCAGUGAGUGCUUGCAUUUCAUCAUAAGAGAGCAGUUCAGCAUUUUGGACUAUCAUAAAAUAUAGGCCUUUAUGGGAUUUUUUUUAAGCUACUUUAUUGCAGCUUCGUAGAGCAGUAAGUACCUUUUAUAAUAAGUGAGGUACUAAGAAACUUGGUAUAUAGCCUUUAUUUCAAAGCAACAAAUUAAAGUUUCUGUCCAGGUGAUUCCUGUUAAAUGUGUGAAGCUGUUGAUUUUUUUUCCCCAGCAUUAUUCUAUAGCUGAUCAAUUAAGGAAAUUCACCUUUUUUUUGUUCUUGGAUGUAAGAACAUCAAUAUUAAAUUUGUUCUUCUCUCCUCACCCAUAUAUCCCAUUUUCUUUUGUGGAGGGAGGGUUGGGGGGUAAAAGUAAAUACAAACUGCUGUGAAAAUUGUAAAUCUCUGUGUGACCAUGAAUUUACUCCUGCAGUACUUGUUGCAUGAAGUGCACAUAGCAUAGAUUGACUCUGAAGUAAGCUAUCUUCAUAUUCUCCAAAUGCUCAUGCAAGUUCCUCACCUUUUGUUUUGCUUUCUUUCCUUUAAAAAGGAAUGGAAACAGUACAAAACUUUGCAUUUUUUUUUCAGUCUUGCCCAUUUCAAUUUCUUUAAACACCUACAGUUUUUCGUCUAGCAAAAUCAAUUUCAGUUUUUAACAAAUUUCAACACUGGUUUUCGAAAUUGUUGCCUGGGGAUCUAAUGGCUAAAUUAUUUCCCUAUUCAGUCUUUGAAAGAAGACUAGAGUGUUCAGGGUUUUUGUUUUGUGUUAUGUGCUAAAUUUACAUGUGAACAAAUGUUAGCAUAUAAAUUUCUGAUUAUUCUGAUUCCUAAAAUUAAGGUAGCUUUGAGUGUUUUGUCAUGCAUUCCUUUUGUUUUGUUGAAGAAGUAACCAAGUUAGCUUGGCGAAAAGUUUAAAGGUGCAGUUUUAGCAAUAGAUAUAGAAGCAUAAAGCAACCCAUUAUAACUAUUGGAAAGGAGGAAUAGGAAGGAUGUUGCUGGAACAGAAUAGUAUUUAAAGUAACUUAAUCCAUUACUUACUGUAGUAUUCUCAGUUACAGCCUUACAGCUUUGUCUGUCAGCUUCAUUAUCUACUGGUUUUACUGUCUGACACACAUGAGCAGUCACCUGGGUUAAAUCUGUAAUGUUUUUGCUAGCAUGUUAUACAAAUGGGUAAAAUGCACCAUUUUAUUACAGACAAGAUGCAACAGAAAUACCCACAGGGGAGAAAUUGCCUCUAAUAGGUUUUUAUAAAUUCAUAACUACGACAGAUAUGCAAUAGAUCUUUUUUGGGAUUUUUUUAUAUGUAUUUCCUUGUAACCUGGUUGCCAUUAAUCUAAAUACCUUAUGCUUUAUUGUGUAUGUUAAUGUAGUCUGGGCUUCCUUUAUAAAGAAGGUACAUAGUAGUUUCUGUUUGAUUAAUUCUGAAUUUGGACACCUUAGGAGUUCCAUUAAAAAAAAAAAGGCUUGUUUUAAUGCGUAGUUGGGAAUAAAUCAACUCUGAAAAUCCAUCUGAUUGUUAUCCUGUAACAAGUUAAAAUCGUAUAUUGAAGAACUGGAGACUUUUUUAAAUGGCUCUUCAAUUACAGAUAAUUUCCAAAAGUGCAACUCAAGACAUUAAAAGAGUUUCAGUUUUAUUGCACUCAAAAUAGAUGAAUACAUAUCUGUAUAUACACACAUGUGUAUUUGCAUAUAUAGGUAUGUAUGUAUAUGUAUCUUCCUAUAUGUGUGUGUAUAUAUCCAUAUAUGUGUGCCCAUCAGCUUUCUCCUCAGAUGAUUCAGACUUCCCUUGGCAUUCACAUCUCAACAAAAUGGUGAAAAGGGGGUUGGGGAAGAAAAACAGAACCAACUAUCUGGCUUCUACUUUGUCCAUUGCUCUGGUUUAUUCCUGUUGUCAAGACUGUCCAAAACAAUAUGGUGUGACAUAGGCUCAUGCUUUAAAUGUUAAACUGAUUACAUCCAUGUAUUUGUAUUUUUGUUUUUGACAUUGCCAAGGUGCUAUGGGAAAUUAAAAUAACACAAAAUUAGAAAAAAAAAAUAAAGCUGAUUUAAAAACA